AUGCUAGACACUCUUUAUAUUUCCCAACGGGCAGCUAACGCCAUUAUAGCCGACGUCGCUCCUUACCGCAUCUCAUCCGAAGCUUUAUUGGCAAUAAAUAAUUUACUUGAUGAAUUCUUAUAUUUCCUAGUAGAUUCGGCCAGGUCUUUAGACUUGGUUAAAAUUAAACUUGCCAUUGGUCAAGUCUUACCUACAAGUUUGGGUAAAAAUGCUGUACAAGAAGCUGAACUAGAGUUAAAAACUUAUGUGGAAAGUGGUAAUUCUGACCACACAAAAGAAAAAACCAUAGAAAUUACUCCUUUUCCCUUGCAAAAAGUUUUCGAACAAUUCAGAUUAAGAUGUCAAUUCUUUAGUACGCUUGGUGAGCGUGGUGCUGACGAUCGUGAUCGUGAUACUGUUCCCGACCUCUACUCCUCUGAAGGAAUACAUAUUGCUCCAAGUUUAGCUAUUUAUUUAACUGCUGUCUUGGAAUAUGUUGGUGAAUAUAUCUUAAUAUUAGUCGCAAAAGCUUCCGAAAAGCAAGGGGUGGAAGUUGCUAGAGCACAGGAAGUUUAUUCUGCUCUCUCUGAGGAUUUACAGAUUUUUCCUUUAUUCAGAAGAACAAACUUAAAGGAACAAAUGGAGAGCGAUUCUACACAACCAAUUACAAGUACUGCUACGAACGAUUUUAUUAUCAAUGGUUCGACUCAUGUUACUUCCUCUCAAUUGUCAACGUUUACUACUUCUGACCCCUCGACUAAACCACCUAUAACUGGACAUAUACAAUCUAAACCUGGUUCAAAUAAUGGACACAUGAGAGGAGGAAAGCAGGUUUCUUUGGAUGGAUUUGACAAAGAUGUUAAAAAAAGUCCUACUUCCCCAGUUAAAUCACUUAGUGAUUAUGGUAGGCAAAGUUCAGAUUAUAAAAAUAUGCGUUCCUCUAAGAGUAUGCAAAGCUUACAGGGACAAGGAGGAGAUAAAGAAUCAGAUUUGAGAAGUGUAUCAAGUAUGGAGGAUAGUAUUGAAAAAAUGAGGAGUUUUGAGACUUUAAUUUCCAAUAAUCAGACAAUGAAAGUUUCCUUAACACCAAACCGAUUAAUAACAAUUGAGACGCAUAAGAGACCGCCAAAACUUGCACCUCGUGAACCUAAUACAAGUCCAGAUGAUCCUAAUGGUAAAUUAAAGAAAAAAGAUUCUAAAGCUGACCUUCCUAAAAAACUUGGAAAAAUUAUUGAUAAAUUGGAGCCUGUUUCUGAAAGACCUAAGACACCUGGUUCACCAGGAAGUAAUUCUCGUCAUACUCCACUUAUUUCUCCCUCAUAUUCAUCUUAUUAUUCUGAUCGUAUCAAUGCUACUAUUAAUAAGACUUUAUCAUCAUCACUGGCAAGUGACGAUCAAAAUCAAAGUUUUACCUCCUCUCCAACAACAUCUUCAUCCUAUCUUUCACCGUCAUUGCAUUAUAGCAAAUCUUUCGAUCAAACACAGUCUUAUUAUAACAAUGCUCCUUCGAAACAUAAAUCAAGAACAGACCCUUCGGACUUAUUAGAUGAUGAAUUGUAUACCGAAGGUCAAAAGGUACCUAAACGAAGACAUCAGGCUCAAGAUUUAAUUGAUUUCUUGAGUACAUCACCACCAAAAGAAACUAUUUCAUUCAAUAAUAAUAGUAAUGAUAGUCUUGGUAAUAGCGGAAAGAAAAAAGAAAAGAAAUUAAAAAAAUUAUUUUCAAGAUUGAAAAAAGCUUCGUUUAUUGAUGAAUCUACGCCGAAUCUUAAUGAUCAAAGAUCUUCUAAUGCUAGUAUAAAUAGUUUUUAUACCCAUCGUUCUAAUUCAGGUAGUACAUUAGUCAAUAAACCCGCUAGAUAUGUUAAAAUUGAAAUACCUAAAAUUCCACCAAAGGAAGAUAAUCAGGAACAAAGUAUUUUUGAUCAAGUUGAAAUUCAAGGAAGGCAUGCUCGUCAAGUAUCAAGAGCUAGUUUAUCAGGUUCAUCACGUAAUUUACAAUAUACUCCUAACAGAUCUACAUUUUCUUCUACUGGCGGAAUGACAAGCCCAACAAUUUUGGAAAAAGAAUCUAGCAAUAGCAAAUUGAAUUCAGAUGAUUAUAAAAAUGAAUGCUUGGGAACAACAGAUCGGUCAAAACAGUUUCAGAAGUCUUCAAAUAUAUUAAAUAUUCAACCUAUGAACACUUCUGUGUCACAAUCCGGUACUAAUAAUAAUAUUUUAACAUCGCCUGCACAUAAAAUUCCUUCACCUAUCACGCCUAAACAAAAAUCUUAUAACAAUAAUGUUAAUAGUCAGAUAUCAUCACAAGAGAUAAAUAAAGUCAAACCAGAUUUAUCCAAAGAACAAAAUACACAUUUUUCAGCGGAAAUACUUUCAAUUAACAAUGAAAAUAUUAUAAAUGAAAAUGAAGUUCGAACAAAAUCGGAAGCGGUAGAGAUAUUGAAAGAAUCUGUGAAGCAUAAAGAAGCCCUUUCAUAUGAUAGCUUCUUAGCAUCCAUAAUUGAGACGGAAAUCUCAAUUCAAGAAGUACAAGAAGAAACAACAUUUGAUACAUGUAAUGAAGAAGAAUUAGAAGAAGCUCUCAUUGUUGAGUGGUUGUUGGGAACCGGUCUCACUUUUAAAAGUACAAUGACGUAUAUAGAUGUAAUGCAAGUUUAUGAGGUUAGGGAAAUGGAAGAAUCCGAUUAUGAAGAUGUUGAUACCAAAUUUAUUGAUGGCGGUAAUAAAGAAGAACAAAUUGCUAAUAAAGUCGUUCAAGUUGGGCAUGAAGGGUAA